CUGGGACGCCGGCAACGCCUCGAAGCUGCUCCACGCUCUUCGAGGUCCUUGACCACCGCCCACUGACAUCAGUUAGAAUCAGGGAGGAGGCAAUAACAGUUCUCGGCCGACAGGAAAGGGGACGUCCGGGACCUGACUCGGAAUCGCGGGAUUUGAAGAGAUUUCUCUUGGUCUCCAAACAAGGCUGGGAAGCUGUGCUGCUCCGUCAAUACCGGCCGUUCCCGCCGCCCCACACCUCGUGACUCCCACCGUCGGGAGAAAUAAAAACCAGUUCGGACUUUCCAGUAAAGCGAUGCCUAGGGAUGAGGUUUGGAAGGUAGUGAAGUCACAGAAUGUGGAGAAACUGGAUGAGCAGGAAGCGGAUGGCUGGCCCCGUAACCUGCCAUUUUCACAGGAUGUAAUUUGCCUUACUGAAACAGCUUAAGACCAACAAGAAGAAUUUUCGAUUUACUAUGAGCAAGAUAAAGAGCACUAAGCUGUAGCUAAAGACCUUAUGGCUCAAGGCUCAGUCAGAUUUAAUAAGUUGUAGAAAGUCUGAGAGGUUCGAUAGGGUGAAGGCCGUUCCCCCUUUAAAAAAAAAAUCUACAGCCAGAGAGCUUUGGGGUUUCUGUUCUUUGUUAACAUCAACUACUUUCGGGGCUGGCAGCCGAGGCAGAAGGGGAAAAGGCGGAGCGUUGGUACACAGCGGGGGUGGGUGGGUUGGUGCUCACUUGCCCCGGAAGUGCUGUUGUGUUAGCGCUUUGCCUUCCGGGUUAGAUUGUCGUUGCAGCAGCUGUAGAAAGGGGAGGCCAUUUUCCGUUUCUGGGAGGAGAGGGGGCAGGGGUGGGAGAAAAAGAAGGAAAAGGGCUCAGCGCCUCCCUGCCGGGCCCAGGACAGAGGGGCAGUUUCGGCAGGCGGGUGAGGUCGCUUAGAGCCCGAAGGAGAUGUUCUCCCUGUCGAGCACGGUGCAACCCCAGGUUACAGUACCUCUGAGUCAUCUCAUCAAUGCCUUCCAUUCACCAAAAAAUACAUCUGUUUUUGUCAGUGGAGCAUCAGUUUCUCAAAACCAGCAUCGAGAUGUAGUUCCCGAGCAUGAGGCUCCCAGCAAUGAGCCUGCACUUAACAUAAAGGACCUUGGAUUAUCUGAAUUAAAAAUUGGACAGAUUGAUCAACUGGUAGAAAAUCUACUUCCCGGAUUUUGUAAAGGCAAAAACAUUUCUUCCCACUGGCAUACAUCUCAUGUUUCUGCACAGUCCUUCUUUGAAAAUAAAUAUGGUUACUUAGAUAUAUUUAGUACUUUACGUUCCUCUUGCUUAUACAGACAUCAUUCAAGAGCUCUUCAAAGCAUUUGUUCAGAUCUUCAGUACUGGCCAGUUUUUAUACAGUCUCGAGGUUUUAAAACUUUGAAAUCAAGGACACGACGUCUACAGUCCACCUCUGAAAGAUUAGCCGAAACACAGAAUGUAGCACCAUCAUUCGUGAAGGGGUUUCUUUUGCGGGACAGAGGAUCAGAUGUUGAGAGCUUGGACAAACUCAUGAAAACCAAAAAUAUACCUGAAGCUCAUCAAGAUGCAUUUAAAACUGGUUUUGCAGAAGGUUUUCUGAAAGCUCAAGCACUAACACAAAAAACCAAUGAUUCCCUAAGACGAACCCGUCUGAUUCUCUUUGUUCUGCUCCUAUUUGGCAUAUAUGGACUUCUAAAAAAUCCAUUUUUAUCUGUCCGCUUCCGGACGACAACUGGGCUUGAUUCUGCAGUAGAUCCUGUGCAGAUGAAAAAUGUCACCUUUGAACACGUAAAAGGAGUGGAGGAAGCUAAACAAGAAUUACAGGAAGUUGUUGAAUUCUUGAAAAAUCCACAAAAGUUUACUGUGCUGGGAGGUAAACUUCCAAAAGGCAUUCUUUUAGUUGGACCACCAGGGACAGGAAAGACACUUCUUGCCCGAGCUGUGGCAGGAGAAGCUGAUGUUCCUUUUUAUUAUGCCUCUGGAUCAGAAUUUGAUGAGAUGUUUGUGGGUGUGGGAGCCAGCCGAAUCAGAAAUCUUUUUAGGGAAGCGAAAGCAAAUGCUCCUUGUGUUAUAUUUAUUGAUGAAUUAGAUUCUGUUGGUGGGAAGAGAAUUGAAUCUCCAAUGCAUCCAUAUUCAAGGCAGACUAUAAAUCAGCUUCUUGCUGAAAUGGAUGGUUUUAAACCCAAUGAAGGUGUUAUCAUCAUUGGAGCCACAAACUUCCCAGAGGCAUUAGAUAAUGCCUUAAUUCGUCCUGGUCGUUUUGACAUGCAAGUUACAGUUCCAAGGCCAGAUGUAAGAGGUCGAAGAGAAAUUUUAAAGUGGUAUCUCAAUAAAAUAAAGUUUGAUCAGUCGGUUGAUCCAGAGAUCAUAGCUCGGGGUACUGUUGGCUUUUCUGGAGCAGAGUUGGAGAAUCUUGUGAACCAAGCUGCAUUAAAGGCAGCUGUUGAUGGAAAAGAAAUGGUAACAAUGAAGGAACUAGAGUUUUCAAAAGACAAAAUUCUAAUGGGGCCUGAAAGAAGAAGUGUGGAAAUUGAUAACAAAAACAAAACCAUCACAGCGUAUCAUGAAUCUGGUCAUGCUAUUAUUGCAUAUUAUACAAAAGAUGCAAUGCCUAUCAACAAAGCGACAAUCAUGCCUCGAGGGCCAACACUUGGACAUGUGUCUCUGUUGCCUGAGAAUGACAGAUGGAAUGAAACUAGAGCACAGCUGCUUGCACAAAUGGAUGUUAGUAUGGGAGGAAGAGUAGCAGAGGAGCUUAUAUUUGGAACUGACCAUAUUACAACAGGUGCUUCCAGUGAUUUUGAUAAUGCAACUAAAAUAGCAAAGCGAAUGGUUACCAAAUUUGGAAUGAGUGAAAAGCUUGGAGUUAUGACCUACAGUGAUACAGGGAAACUGAGUCCAGAAACUCAAUCUGCUAUUGAACAAGAAAUAAGAAUCCUUCUAAGGGACUCAUAUGAACGAGCAAAACAUAUCUUGAAAACUCAUGCAAAAGAGCAUAAGAAUCUCGCAGAAGCUUUACUGACCUAUGAGACUUUGGAUGCCAAAGAGAUUCAAAUUGUUCUUGAGGGGAAGAAAUUGGAAGUGAGAUGAUAACUCUCUUGACAUGGUGCAUUGCUGGUUUUAUUGUAAGAAUAUAAGUAACAUUAUAGUAGUCUCUUUUUGCAGUGCUUUCCCCUCCAGUUCUUGACUUGGCGUAAUUCAAGGGUGUGCGACACUUCACGUUUAUCUGGUUUUGGCUACCCUCAUGAUGACACCUGUUGCAAAUUAGCAACCUAUAGCAAAUACAUUUUUAAAAAAUAAAAACUAUCAGGAUUGAAAAUA